AUGUCUGACGAAUUAUUGAUCACUCCUCAAGUCGUCGAAGAUUUGACUGAUUUGCAUGGGUUUCGGAAAACUUUAAAGGAUGUAUUUUCAGGUACUGUUGGUGGGGUAGCUCAAGUUCUAGUGGGGCAACCAUUUGAUAUCAUCAAAGUACGGUUACAAACUAUGCCAGGGAACGCAACUGCUUGGGAAGCGAUCACAGACCUAGUCAAAUACGAAGGAUUUAUGGGAUUCUAUAAAGGAACUAUGGCUCCACUUGUGGGUGUCGGCGCUUGUGUCUCUUGCCAGUUCGGUAUUAACGAAGCCAUGAAGAGAUACUUCAGAGAUUUGAACAGAUCACGUGGUAUUUACGAUAACACAUUAUCCCUUGGUCAAUAUUAUACGUGUGGGUUCGUUAGUGGGUCCGCUAAUGCAUUACUCGCGACUCCAAUUGAACAUGUCAGAAUUAGAUUACAAUUACAAAAAGAGGCUCUAGCGAAUGCAGAAUAUAAAAGUACCUUGGACUGCACUGAAAAGUUGUUGAAACAAGGAUCUUUGAUGCGUGGAUUUACUGCUACUUUGAUGAGGACUUCUCAUGGGUUUGGUAUCUAUUUCUUGACUUACGAAACCUUGAUAGCGUCCCAAUUAGCCCAUGGCUUCCGUAGAGAAGAUAUAUCUGCUUGGAAGGCUUGUAUGUUUGGUGCUCUUUCCGGUGCUUUCUUCUGGGCUAUGACUUACCCAUUCGAUGUUGUCAAAUCCGUUAUGCAAGCUGAUAAAUUAGUUAACCCAGCUUACGGAACAAACGUGGUACAAGUCGCAAAAAACAUCUAUAGAGAGCGUGGUCUGAGAGCGUUCACCAAGGGGUUCAUGCCUACCAUGCUUCGGUCUUUGCCUGUCAACGGUGCCACUUUCGCGGCGUUUGAAGUCACCAUGCAAAUGUUAAAAUAA